GUGUGUAUGUGUGUGUUGAAGUGCAAGGAGACACCAUAGAAAGGACUGAUUGAGCGGAGUGUGUGAAGUAAGACGGAGGGAGCUGAGAAGAUUAAAAAGAAGAAGGAAAAGCUGGCAACAGACAAGAGGAUUUUUUGCAUUUUGAUACCAUGCUGAAAAGAUGGAAGUCUACACUGUAACAAUUGCAACUGGUACAGCAGCGUAUUCAGGCACCAACAAUUACAUCUUUGUGACACUGGUGGGGGAGAAUGGAGAGAGUGAACGCACCCUGCUGGACAACCCUGGACUGGACUUCUGUCGAGGAGCAGUGGAUCAGUACAAGGUGAAUAGCCCUUCACCAUUAGGAUCCCUGCUGCUGGUCAGACUGGAGAAACAGAGGUACUGGGUGGAAGAUAACUGGUUCUGUCGCUAUGUCAGUGUGCAGCCACCAGGUGAAGACAAAGCGCUUAUUUUCCCGUGUUACCGCUGGCUUAUUGGAGAUGUCAAGAUCGAGAUAAGAGAGGGAACAGCAAAGACACUGAUGGAUGACUCCUUACCUCAGCUGCUGGCACACAGGAAGAUGGAACUGCAGGCGAGACAAAUGACUUACAGAUGGGUCACAUGGUCUCCAGGGAUUCCCAGAUGUAUUGAUGCUAAAACAGAAGAAGAUUUACCCCAAGAUGUUCGCUUUGACAAUGAGAAGAGGAGCGAUUUUGAACAUUCUUUGCAGUAUGCCUUGCUAGAGCUGUCGCUGAAGAAACUGUCCAUCAGGUUUGGGAAGUCCUGGAAUGACCUGGAUGAUUUCAAGCGGAUUUUCUGGAAGCUGCGAAGCCCCAUAGCUGAGUACUGUAUGGAGCAUUGGAAGGAUGACUGGUUCUUCGGCUACCAGUGUAUGAAUGGCUCUAACCCAAGGAUGAUCCAGAAAUGCAAGAAGCUGCCAGAGAACUUUCCUGUCACUCCAGACAUGGUGCAGAGCUCCAUGGCCUCCCGGACCAACUUGGACAAAGAACUCAAGGCAGGGAAUAUCUACUUAUUAGACUAUGCCAUAAUGGAUGGGAUUCCCACCAACACAAUCAAGGGUAAACCUCAGUACAUUGCUGCUCCACUCUGCCUCCUGUACCAACAUCCAGAUGAAGGCCUCAUACCUAUUGCUAUACAGUUAGCGCAGACUCCAGGCCUGGACACACCCAUAUUCCUUCCCAAAGACCCACCACUGGCCUGGCUGUUGGCUAAGAUGUGGGUGCGUCACUCUGAGUUCCAGGUGUUCCAGUUGCUGUCUCACCUGCUCAGGACUCACCUGGUCAUGGAGGUUUUUUGUGUGGCUACCCUGAGGCAGCUGCCUGCUGUGCACCCUAUAUAUAAGCUCCUGGCCCCUCAUCUGCGCUUCACUCUAGAGAUCAACUGUAGGGGGCGCACUCAGCUCAUCUCUGCUAAUGGCAUUUUCAAACAGGUUGUGUCGACAGGUGGUGAUGGCCUGUUGAUUCUGGCUCAGAACGAGUAUAAGAUGCUGACCUACCGCUCCCUCCAGCCCCACAAUGACUUCGCUGACAGAGGUGUUUCCCAGCUCCCAAACUAUUUCUACAAGCAACACAGCCUGAUGCUGUGGGAGGCCAUACACAGUUUUGUCUCAGGUGUGGUAAACCUUUACUACCAUUCAGACCAUGACAUACAGGAGGACCUGGAGCUCCAAGCCUGGAUCACAGAUAUAACACAAGAAGGCUUCACAGAGCUCCCCAACUUUGGCCUGCACAGUAAGCUCAGCACCAGAGAGGAACUCUCCACUCUCCUGUCAGUGGCCAUCUUCACCGGUACAGUCCAACAUGCUGCGACUAACAAUGGACAGUUUGACUGGUGUGCCUGGGUCCCCAAUACCCCCUGCACCAUGAGACAACCCCCACCAUCAGACAAAGAUGCUGUUACCAUGGAGAUGAUCAUGGCCACUCUUCCUGACAUCAGCCAGUCCUGCGUGCAGAUGGCUAUCACAUGGCAUCUAGGGCGAACACAACCAGACGCAAUUCCUUUGGGCCAAUACACAGAGGAGCAUUUCACUGAUGCACAGGCUCAGGAACUGAUUGACAGAUUCAGAAGAGACCUGAAAGAGAUUGAGAGCCACAUCCUAAAUCAGAAUGGAGAUCUGAAGCCUCCAUACCUUUUCCUUCUGCCUAGCCGCAUAGAGAACAGCAUCACUAUAUAGAACGACGAAUGACUCACAGACUACUCCACGCAGGAUCCACCGCGUAUAGUACGGUGCCUAUAAAAAAUGUUCACCCCCUUGCAUGUUUUCCACUUUCAAUGCUUUGAUAAAUGGAAUAAAUCUGUGAAUUUUCUUUAAUGUCAGAGUGAGAACAGAUUUCAACAACUGCACUUCUACUGGUUUUAGACAUAAGGACAGUAAAAAAUUUAGUCAACUAAACCAACUUUGUUAUUCACAUGCUUUGAAAUUUUGAAAUCUCUACAGUGCAAUAACAACUGCUUGAAUCCCACUGCCACAAACUAGAGUGACUAGUUGAUGUGGCUGGAGUGAACAAUCAGUUAACAAUGCAAUGUGCUAAAUGUUUUGGAGUGACACAAUGGAUUAAAUAACUGUGAUCGGUCUAAGAACAGUAAGACUGUAUCUGGUAGACAUUAGAAUAGGAAAACAAAAUUCAGAAUUGUGAUUAUACUGGCAGUAAUCAGAGACACAUAUUCUUGUACAGUACAGUUGGUAUGAAUGAGCAAGUCAAGACAGAAUAAUUUACAACCUUUUACAGCUAUUAUAACAGAACUAUUUGAGUUCAAAUGUGUAGUUUUUACUACAGUAAUCAAAUAAUUUCAGUCCUUGUGAUCAGAGGUAGAAUUAAUCUUGUGUUAAAGAAACGAAGGGGCAGGACUGCUCUCACACAGCAGUUGUGUUUAAAACACUGAAAACUGUGGGGAAGCUAGUAGAGUUGUACACUCAGUCUAAGAUUGUGUUCAGAAAAACAACCAGCACCGCACGAAAAACUACAGUCUCAUCAUUCAUUGGACUGCGGGGUCGUGCAACACUAAAGCUGACCAACACUUUUUUCUGGAACAAAAUACAUCAUCAUCUGGCAAGGUGUUGCUUUGGCCAGUCAAAAAUGUGCAAAUGCACAGAUUACAUGAAUGCUGCAUUUGGUGGUUUACCUUGCCACCAAAGAUAAGAUGACUGACCUCAUGAAAACUUGUAAUAUUAUACAAGGUUGUGCAGAGUUUUAGCUUUCUGAUAAACCUUCAAACUCAACUUUCUCUUUACCUAAAACCCACACACAUAUCAUAUUUGAAACACACAC